AGUAGUUACAGAGAGAACCGUGGGGCGCAGUUAUGGCCUGUACUUGCCACUGGCCUCAGAUGUGUCUCUGUGAGCCCGUGCUUAACGUCACUGCGCUGUAUUCUCCUUCAGCGGCUGGAAAGGCGAUGUGAAACCCGUGAGUCAGGCUACCGAAGCGCUGUGUUUCGAAGCUAAACAACCUGUAUGAAACGCGUAGGCUAUGGUGCUGCUGCAAUGUCUUGCCUACAUCCUCCGCGACCUCAGUCAGCAUCAAAAGGGGAUAUUUCUGGUUUUCGAUCCACUCCCAUCCACUCCCACGGGGUGCCCACUCGGUUAAAAACGGCUGGACGUAGAUGAGAGGACUCAUUUCUCAUUAUGGACGCAAAAGAUGCUGAAGUGGGGAUAGCAGGCAGCGUUGCCAUUGGCCGAGAGCUGGGCGCGCGCAGAAAGUUCUGGGCGCUGCUGCUACUCCACACCCUGCUGACGGGCGCGUGCAUCGCCUGCUGCGUCUGGACUCUGUCCGCCCUGCGCUCCUCGACAUCAGGAUCCCUGGUUCCUGUCAACACCUCUCCAAGGAUAUCUGAAUUGCCAUUCAGCAAAGGAAUAUACCUGAACAUGAAGAAAGUUCCAGAUGAAGAAAAUACUAAACUGCAUUUUACUGUGACCUGGAACCAGAGUAUGGAGCUGUAUCAUGAAAGUGAAGUGAUGGUGAAGUAUCCGGGCCCCUACAUCUUCUACAUCUGUGCCAAAGUGACUGGGAACAGUGACAAGAUGGGCAACCUGACCCUGGAGCAGGGAAAAACCCUAGCCUCCAUCACACUUCGGGUUGAAAAUAACAACGCAAGGAGCUAUGUGAGACACGAGGGACUAGUCAGCCUCUAUGAGGAUGCCGUGGUCACCAUCAAUUUCUUUAAACCUGCGGGUACCUCCAACUCGUACCUCCAACUCGAUGACCUUCGUGUAGGCCUACAGUACAUGCUAGGAAAACAGAUUUUUAACACUCCAAGAGACGAGGAAUAGAGACUGGGCUUCUGGACCGCUCCUGGACAUGGAACUCUUCUGGGUGAAGGUUGCCUUCAUAAUGACCCUUAAGGAGUGGCAGAGUUGAUCAGUGUCUCUGCUUAUGUUAAAUGACAAUGGGAAUGCUGUGUUCUCUCCCCACUGCCAAACGAAUAUUUGACUGAAUGUCAUGCAGCUAACUUACUCAGGUAGUGUUAAGAUUAUGCCAGUUAGAAUGUAUCCUUGUGGGCUUUUUAACACACAAUGUCGAAUACUUUGAUCAUUUUUUUAAAAUUAUUAUAUUUUUAUUUUUAAGCUUACACCUAGAACCUGAGUUACCAAAACUUGUGAAUGAAAACUUGUGAAUGUAAGAUCACUCAGCUAUACAAAAAGUUGUAUAGCUUGUAUAGUUCAUCUAUACAAGUGGUCAGUUCUGAGAUAUCAGUGUUCUGAGAUUUCAGUGUUUGUCAAGAGCAGCAGCAAUAUAUUUGAUGCUUUUGAUCUUAUAACAAUAUGACGAUAAAUGCUAGUUACUGAUAUAUAGUUUCAGUAUGGAAAGCAGUUGGUUUGUUUUGUUCAUUUAAGCAGAACAUAAUCUUGCAUUUGUCUAUAUUUAAAAAAAAAACACAAAAGUGCAAUUUGGAACUUUUUUGUAUGCUCAGACCACUGAGAAAUGAAUGAAAUACCUUUUUUUAAUAACUCUACCUUAUUGUAUAAUGCAACAGAAUACCUUGCUAUAUAUUGUGUAUAUAUAAUAGAAUGGAUGCUAGUUUUGACACACUGUCGUGUUGUACACCCUUACUGAUGACUGAAUGUAUAUUUGCAUUUUAUUUAAAGGCAUUGCCUUGAAGCAGUUCAUUUACUAUAAUAAUCCAUAUCCUGACGGAUACAACUCAGUAAUGAUGUAAGCUCUGCUUGUAAAUUAUUGUCCUCUUUCUUCAGAGCUUGCAUUUUGGCUUGCCUUUGAUAACUGACACGGCAAUGUUCUCAAUGUUUAUCUUAUUUUGUAUUUAUUAAUAGUACAAGCUUGCUGUUAAAUGAAAAAAAUGCAGAACAUGGAAAUAUUUAAGUAAAGGAACACUUGUAUGCUGAAAUGUCACUAAAUGUACUUUGAAUGAACAAUGUUAUAUCUGGCAGCGAUUUAUUUGCAUAGCAACAUUUGCACCUUGUGUUAUGAGUCUGAU